AUAACAAUAUUUUUAAGUCACUUGACAGUUGGAAAAUCAAGACAUCUUCUCUUCUAUCCAAUUUAUACAUUGGCAUCAAUAUUUCUGUACACUACGUUUUAUUUGAUAUUCUAUCAGUCAAUAAUGCUAGGUUCAACAAUAUGUUUUCAGAACAAGACAUCUGAAUGUUCAGGGAACUGUUAUUAUGAAUGUGUCAGGAACUGUACAAUCAACUGGUUUCCUGAUAAAAAUGCAUAGUAUAUGACGAUGGAUUAGUUAUUUACUGCUGUUUUAUAUUAUUUUUAACUUCUAAUAUUGUACUUAUUAGUAUUUCUGAUUGAAAAUUUGAUUGUAAAAUGAUCGUACACACAUGGAAUCUCAUCCCGACAGUAAUCAACAUUACAUGAUGAACAAGAUAAUUUCCUUAUUGAUUUACCAUUUUUUUCGAUCUAAAAAACAAAAGUAAUUUUAUGUUAUUAUACAUGUCGACUAAUAAUCAGUAUAUCAAUGAUUCUUUGUAAUCCUUACUAUCAAUGACGUUUGUAAUCAGAUGAUGAUUGUGUAACAGCUUUUUAACAAGUUCCUGUACGAAUACCAUUACGUUGAAAUGCUAGGAAGAAUAAAUACAUAUUGAAUGCCACUUUUUACACGCAUGAUCA